GAAGUUGAAGAACCGAACGGACGAUAUCUUUUCAAGCCGGAAGCAUCGCGAGUCUCGAACGAAGGGACAUAUUUAUUUUUCAUGAUGUUGGCGAAGCCACAGUUUGGCCUGUUAAGGUCAUAUAACGUCCCCUCUCUACUACAAUCCCAAAUCUCACGAUGCUUCUCCACAACCUCGCCAGCGAUGGACUGGCUCACGCCCAAAUUCGCCGAAAAAUCCAAAUCCCCCAAGGGCCGUCCCAAGAUGCACACGGGCGGUUCCGUACGUGGCACAACAGUCGUCCACGGCGACUACGGGUUGAGAAUGAAAGACCAUGAUCGCCGUGUAGCAGCGUCAUCACUCAAGAUUGGCGAAGAUACGAUACGAAGACGAUUGCGAGGGAUGAAUUACACGCUUUACAAACGUGUUAGUGCGAAUAUUGGUGUUUAUACCUCUGGUAAUGAGAUGCGUAUGGGUAAGGGAAAAGGUAAAUUUGAUUAUUGGGCGGCGAGAAUUCCGGUUAGUAGGAUUGUGUUUGAGCUUAAGGGGGAUAUCCAUGAGAAGAUUGCUAGGGAGGCUUUUCGGUUGGCGGCGCAUAAAUUACCAGGACUCUGGGAAUUUGUGAAAAAGGGCGAUCCACCGGUCGUCGGAAUUACGAAACUGGGUAAUGGAGUCACAUUGGAGAGUUUGAAACGACCACGACGAGAAGUCCCCUUGGACGUGAAGAAUAGUCCCAAUCCUCCCAAGACAGCAUCAACCAGCACUUCGCCCACGCAAUAACCACUUCGUUCCCUUUCUUUCCGCGGAUCUCCUUCACAUCGUGUACUUUAUCAAUAUAUCCGGUCUAAGCACCAAUCCCCGUUCCGGGUCCGAGUCUCUGCGCCGUUCUUGUUCGUCGGGCCUCUUCAUCGAUGCCCUCUGCAUCCGGCUUCAAAUCUUUUGUACCAUAGAUACAUGCAUUAGCCUUUUUUAUACAGAAUUCACGAAAUCAUAUCACAUGGGC